AUGCCACCACCCCCGCUCACCGUGCAGUACAAAGAAGCCAACGGCAGUAAAAUCACCACCGACAUCUACCUCCCACCGGCACCAACCACAACUACUACUGAAAAUGAUACGCCGAAGAAAUAUCCCGUUUUAAUCAACAUCCACGGCGGCGUCUUCAUGCUCGGCCACUCGCGCAUGGUCUCCAUGCCCCAAGUCGACGACUGCCUCACCCGGAACUGGAUCGUCGUGGUACCCAACCAUCGCCUCUGUCCACAGGUGAACAUGCUCGAGGGGCCCAUCACUGAUAUCCGGGACCUGUUGGCGUGGAUCUACGAUGGGCAGUUAGAUGCGUUCCUUGCCGGCGCAGGUGCAGAUGCAGCGCUGUAUCGGAUCGAUAUGGAUCGGGUUAUGGCGUUUGGGACGUCAUCGGGAGGUACAUUAGCAUUGUCAUUGGGCUACUCCGUCCCCCGCCCCGUCGCCGCAAUCCUCGACUUCUACGGCGCCGUGCACUUCACCCAUCCCUUCUGGACCCAACCUCUCCCCGACGUCCAACGCACCCUGCCCCCACUCGACCCUGCAUUCUUGCAGAAGAUCUAUGAUGAAUAUCCCGUCCCUACGGAUAGUUCUAUCUCGUUGGAGGGCCAGACUGAGCUUGCUGGCGGUAGCAAGGCCAAGGGCCCGGAUUUCUCUCGCCCGCGGGAUGCCUUCGCUCUGACGCAGGUGGCUAAUGGGACCGUUUUGCAGGCUUGUUAUCCUGAUCGGGAUGUGAGGGAGAUCGAUCCGGUGGUGCAUGUGGGCAAGGGGUUUCCGCCGACGUUUAUUGUGCAUGGGGAUUGUGAUACGAAGGUUAGUAUUGAGGUCAGUCGGGAGCUGUGGAGGGUGUUGAGGGAGAAUGGGGUCGAGUGUGGGAUGGUGGAGGUGCCCGGGGAGGAUCAUACGUUUGCGAUGGGAAUGCAGGUUGGGGGGAGGACGUGGGAGUUGCAGAGGGAGGGGUUUGAGUUUUUGGAGAGGGUUAUUUCACGAUAG